GGAAACUGAAUGGACAAUCAGCGUCUUUUAGUACAGAGAAUUCGCAUAGAUUCAAGUCGUAAAAAUUUGUACAUCGUGUGUCGUGUUUACAAUAGAGUAGUGUAAAAAAUAUAAGGCAAGAGCUGUGAGUAAAUAUUAGUAUUUGCAAAGAACUUAAUGCCAAUAAUUUUUGGCAAUUAAGAAUCUUUGUUAAAUAUAGAUUUGUCGAGCUCAAGUCCUAUUUAACGCGUAACUGUAUAUUUAUCGGCGGCGUUUGUAUAAAAUCACCCUUAAAAAUCCCGGUAUUAAACUAAUUCAAGUUUUUUAUGGACAUACACCGUUGAAAAAACAUAUACCAAUAGUCUCUGAUAAAUUAUACUUCGGAGAUUCAAAUGAAUCAUUUAUUUACAUUACUCUCAUAGAUGUAGUAUAACCUCAAAUGUUACAUAGGUGAAAAAAUGGUAGUGCUUAGCAGCUUCCUAGCACCACAGGAAGGCAUCCGUCAUGAAGAACCAAACACCACUGUAUACGUUAACUCUAGGGAAGUGGGAAAAGGCACUCUCUAUAUUACAGAAAGUGUACUAUCCUGGAUAGACAGCGAGACACAACAAGGGUUUUCUCUCAAUUAUCAGCAUAUUUCCGUACAUGCUAUCUCCCAAGAUCAACAAAUUCAUCCUAGGCAAUGUUUAUACAUUAUGGUGGAAGAUUUUUCAGAUGUGCAAUUGUCACCAUCCACUGAAAAUGACUCAGAUAAUGAAGACGACGAAGGAGAUACGCCUACGACUGAGAUGAGUUUUGUACCUGAUGAUACGACUAAUCUGGAAGCAAUGUUUGAAGCAAUGAAUCAAUGUCAAGCUCUUCAUCCAGAUCCACAAGAUAGUUUUUCUGAUGAUGAAGAAGAUAUUUAUGAAGAUGCAGAAGAAGAUGAUUUUGAUAUUGAGUAUUACGAAGUUGGUGCUGGUGAUGCUCCGUACAUAUUACCAACUGAACAAAUAGGAGGUAAUCAUCAAAAUGGUACCGAAGCAGAUGAACCAAUGGAUAUUGAAGCAGGUCAGUUUGAAGAUGCAGAAGAGGAUCCAUAAAUUAAAAUUAUAAAAAUAUAUGCUGAUGUGCAUUUAGUAUUACUUUAUAUGAUUAUCAAUUUCAUAUAUUUCGGUAGAUAUGUAAUAUCUAUUAUUGCAAGCUAUAAGACAAAACUGCGUCGAACGAAAAAGCACCUAACAUUUAUUUAUAUUCAUUUUGUACAUGGUGAUAAUUUCUUAGGUAAAAAAUAAAUAGGACUACAUUACA